GACCCAGACUCUGGACCCGGCUGGGGUUCCUGACUCCAACAGCAGGGACCUUGUCCCAGCGACACCACAGGCAUGUCAUCGGAGAAGUCAGGCCUUCCGGACUCAGUCCCUCACACUUCGCCGCCGCCAUACAAUGCCCCCCAACCCCCAGCCGAGCCCCCCGCCCCGCCCCCACAGGCAGCCCCCUCCUCGCACCAUCACCACCACCACCACUACCACCAGUCUGGCACGGCCACCCUGCCGCGCUUAGGAGCAGGCGGCCUGGCCGCCUCUGCGGCCGCCGCGCAGCGCGGUCCCUCGUCCUCUGCCACGCUGCCCCGGCCCCCCCACCACGCCCCGCCCGGCCCAGCCGCCGGGGCGCCUCCACCCGGCAGCGCCACCUUGCCCCGCAUGCCACCCGACCCUUACCUGCAGGAGACUCGCUUCGAGGGCCCACUUCCCCCGCCGCCACCCGCCGCUGCCGCCCCGCCCCCGCCGCCGCCAGCCCAGACCGCCCAGGCCCCCGGCUUCGUGGUGCCCACGCACGCGGGGGCGGUGGGCACGUUGCCGCUGGGGGGCUACGUCGCGCCCGGCUACCCUCUGCAACUGCAGCCCUGCACUGCUUACGUGCCGGUCUACCCGGUGGGUACGCCCUAUGCAGGCGGGACCCCGGGGGGAACUGGAGUGACCUCUACGCUACCCCCGCCUCCCCAGGGCCCAGGCCUGGCCCUCCUGGAGCCGAGGCGUCCGCCACACGACUACAUGCCCAUCGCGGUGCUGACCACCAUCUGCUGCUUCUGGCCCACGGGCAUCAUCGCCAUCUUCAAGGCAGUGCAGGUGCGCACGGCCCUGGCCCGCGGAGACAUGGUGUCGGCCGAGAUCGCUUCGCGCGAGGCCCGGAAUUUCUCCUUCAUCUCCCUGGCCGUAGGCAUUGCGGCCAUGGUGCUCUGUACCAUCCUCACCGUAGUCAUCAUCAUCGCCGCGCAGCACCACGAGAACUACUGGGAUCCCUAGAAACGCACCCAGCCGGGCUCCGCGCUGCGCCCCGCGACCUCCCGGCUGCGUUCUGCAGUCAGGCCGCAGACCCAGGGGACGCCCUACACACCUGCCUCGGGGGCCGCCGGACUUCGUUGCAUCCUAAGCUCCGCCUCCACGGGACCUCUCGCCCUGCGAGCGCGCUGCGAGUCCAGUUCCUCAGGAACCCCUGCAGAGCCCACACCCCUAGAGACGCCGUUUCCCCGGCGCUCCCUGAAAUGCCGGGCCCCGGGUCGCCCCAGGUCCCCGCCCGCUCAAAGUGCAGCGCCCCCAGCGGAGCUCCCUCGGUCUG